AUGUGGUACUUGAUCUUCCUGCUAUACCGCAUUCGGAGGAAGACAUUAGAUAUCACAGGGCGUCCGAGUGAUCGGCAAAGCUGGAGCUUGGGACAAAUUGUUGCGUUAGCAACGUGGAUCCCAGUGGUCGCGGAACUCGUGUACAUGUGUACGUUUGGAAUGAAGUCUGGUCGGGAGGGACGACUACCGGCCGGCUACGAAGCCGUUCCAGUGACCACUGGACUUAAUGACAGCGCUGAGCCUCAGAUUAUCAUCACUCGGUGCCCGUGCUGUUUCAGUAUUGUCCAAAUAAUUCAGCACUUCUGGAUGAAUAGCGCAGUAAAUCAUGCCCAGUUAAUGGAUAACCAAAUUGGCCAUCACAGAAGCUCUGACUCUCGCUCUUAUUCACAAUUGAGAUCGGGAUUGACUGUCUGCUUUAUGCUCGCCCAAGCUCCGCUAAGCGAUAAGCUCCAAGCGAUGUGCUUGGCCCUCGCGAACCUGCCGCCGUGCCGCUGUGAGAAUCAGACGCCUCGGCAGGCCCCUUUCAUCACGAGCAGAAGGCGCAAAUCAAAGGCCAUGCUAAGCGGUACCUGUACGCGGCUGGCCAUUGUGGCCGCCGUCUUUCUCGUCGCGGCAAUCUUCCUAGUUCCGCAGCUCCCCCACGUAGGCUACAACGUGCCCACUCAGCUCGGCCACAACGCCCAAACGACAGGCGGCAAAGAUGUCUCGAAAGGUGCCGAUAAACCGAACGGCCCCGUCGGAGAUCAUGCCAACGAGGUGAUCACGUCUCUGGCUUCAAUUGCUAUAUCGCAGAGCGUGUCAAACGCGGCUCCGAAGCCAACACCUGCUCCCGCCACAGGCGCGAAACCCGAUACGAAGAAGACGGUCUCAAAGCUCGAAGCUGGCCAGUCGCUGUCGCCGUUCCGUCUCGCCUCGCCAAACGGUCGCUACGAACUCAAUCUCCUCGAUAGCGGUUCCCUUUCGCUCCUCGACACCAAAACAGAGAUCGAGUUGUUCACGUCCGAUACCGAGUACCACUGGCCCGUAUCAUGGCAGGUCGAGCUCACCCAGGAGGGCGUGCUGAUGCUCUCGUGGGCAAACGAGACUGCUGCCCCGUACGGCGCAACGCCAUGGAUCUCAAAUCUCCUCCCCGAGUGCGCUUCUGUUGAGAGUGGCGACGAGAAAUUGGUUCUGGAGCUUUUGGACUCUGGAAAGCUGCAUAUUCGCGCUGGGAGCAAAACCACCUGCCUCCUCCACCGCGCCUCAGAUGAUAUGGGACGUCUCGCGAUCGUGUACACCGGCUUUUUGCGCACCUAUUUGAAGACUUGCAAGGAGCAGAAUAAUAAGCUCGUCAAGACGUGGACUGGGAGCGGCGGUGUCGACGUACACGUGUUUACGUACCUGGAAGAUGUCAACCACGAUUCCGGUGACCCGGUGGACAAGGACAGCAUAACCAAGCACCUGAAGUCGUGCUUUGGAGACGCGCUCAAGACUGUGGAGAUUCUGAAAUUGGACAGUGUGAAGGAGAACGCCGUGGAUCCUCCCGAGGUGCUGGUGAAGGAGUGCGGCAACGAUAAACUCAACCACCAGCUCAGUCAGUGGAAGGCACUAUACCUCGCCAGCCUGCAGGUGCAGAGCUACAUGAUCAAGGAGGGCAUAUCCUACGAUUACAUCUACAAGGGCCGUCUCGAUCUGCUGUACUGGGGCGACUCGCCUGCCCUCUCGUCGCUCAAGGUACCCGAAAACGGCAUCCUGGCACCCCGCGUUACUCUGGACUGGACGUGGUACGCCAUGCUCCACGACGGCGAGCUGCGCGCGGGCGUUACAGACAUCACCGCCUUUGGGCGCCCCAAUGCCAUGUUUACCUACCUCGCGCUCUACCGCGAGUUUAUCCACAUGCGGACUCUGGAGAAGGAGACGGCGAAGUGGAAGGGAUUCAAUACCAAGACCAGGGAGAAGAAGCCAGAGGGCCAGGAGGGAUGUACGCCUGAAGGUAUACUGGCGUACUGGCUGCGGAUCAAUGGCAUCGCUGUGAAGACCGAUUGGCAGUUCAAGAUGGGUUUGUUGCGCGGAGAUGGGAAGGUCAUCUUCACUUGCCCUGAGGGCAGAGGUUGGCUGUGCCCUGGUUUCAUUCCGCAGGUUCACGACGAUGGAACCCUGUUUUGA